GUAAAAAAACUAGAAAUCUCUCGCUCUCUUGCGUUGUUAAGAUAUGGAUCUCUCGCUCUCCGGUGGGGAUUUUAGGUUUGCUUUCAACAAUGUUAUUUUUUCCGAUCGUCUUCUUCGGAUCGAGAUCACCCGUAGCAGCGGUGCCGGUGAGGUUAGCUGUUCUAGUAUCGUCGAUUGGGCUAGGGAUCGCAAACGCAGAAGAGAAGAAGAUGUCACUGACACUACUCAUACCAAUGAUGCUACAUGUCACGUGGAGUCUUAUUUAAACAAGAACUCGUGUGAGACGAAUAAUGAGAACAUCAACAACAAAAAACAUGAAGAAGCAUUGCUAAUGGCUGAACAAGAACCAAAAUCAGGUGGUGAAGAUCAUGAGAUUGAGAGGGUCACUAAUAAUACUUCAGUUCUAAGAGUUAACGAAUUACAUAUAAGCUCUGCAAUUUUGGCAGCCAAAAGUCCAUUUUUCUUGAAGCUAUUCUCUAAUGGAAUGCUUGAGUCAGAGCAAAAACAAAUGACCUUGAAAAUAGAUGCCUCUGAGGAAGCUGCUGUAAUGGAGCUCUUGAACUUCAUGUAUAGCAAUUCACUAUCAGUCACGGCGCCCUCUGCUUUACUCGAUGUGCUAAUGGCGGCCGACAAGUUUGAGGUUGCUUCGUGUAUGAAUUAUUGCAGCCAAUUGUUGCUCAAAAUGCCCAUGACAUUAAAUUCUGCAUUGCUUCUACUUGAUCUUCCUUCGAGUUUGCUAAUGGCUGAUUCAGUUAAGCCUUUAACCAAUGCUGCUAGGCAUUUCAUCGCCUCUCGUUACAAGAAUAUGUCCAAGAUUACAAUGGAGGAGUUGAUGGCUUUGCCGUUAGUAGGUAUCGAGGCGAUACUAGCGAGUGACGAUCUAGAGAUCCAAUCUGAAGACGUUCUAUACGAAGUUGUCUUGAAAUGGGUAAAAUCAAAUUACUCAGUUCUUGAAGAACGCCAAGAAAUACUAGGCUCUCAUCUCGCUCGCUACAUCCGUUUCCCUCACAUGACAAUUGGCAGACUCAUGCAUAUCUUGUCCUCAAACGACUUUACACCUUCUGUGGCAUCAAAACUAGUCAUUGAAGCUCUCUUCUUCAAAACAGAAUCGUUGGCCCACCAACGCCUUCUACUAGCCCAUGAACAACCCUCCUCAACCAGCCGCCGGUUUGCUAAACGAGCCUAUGUACACAGACCCAUCAAAAUUGUUGAGUUCGCGGCUCCUCGGCCCCAAUGCAUCAUUUAUUUGGACUUAAAACGCAAAGAAUGUGAAAGCAUCUAUCCAUCAAGCAGGUUAUCAUCUCAACCGUUUACCUUAGGAGGACAAGGGUUCUUUCUCUCAGCUCAAUGCAACAUGGACCAUUUAUGUAUAAUCCACUGUUUUGGAUUGUUUAUUGGGAUGCAAGAAAACGGGUCAGCGAGUGCGACUGUGACUGUGGACUACGAAUUUUCAGUGAGGUCGAAGCCAACGAUGGAAUUUGUGGGAAAAUUCAAAGGAAACUAUACGUUCACCAGAGGUAAAGCUGUUGGAUGCAGAAACUUGUUAGCUAUACCAUGGGAUAUUUUCACAGCCAAGAAUUGUCCCUACUUCAUCAAUGAUGUUCUUCAUCUCCGGGCCGACCUCUCCAUCCGCCUUUAGAACCAACCAUAUCAUUUGAAUCUCGUUAAUUGUAGCCUUUUUCUAUUGAUUUAAUGGCAAUGAUAAGCCACAAGUACUGUUUUAGGUUGCGUGCAUCUGAAGCAACCAUGAAAUUCAACAAUUCCAUCUAAUGUAUAAUAUUAUUUUCAUGCAUGUUUUGAUCAUCUUUGUCUUUGUUUUAAAGUGUGUGCCUCCUGAAACUAAUUGUGGAUCCAAGAUAAUAGUUUGAGAUGCAACAGAUACAAUGUUGAAACAGAGACAUUGUAUAAUAACACGAUAUUACAGGA